AUACGCUAGUCCACAUCGUUACAAGGAUUUGCUGUGAUGAAGCAGCCUACUAAUCCCAACGGGCGGUCUCCUAACCUUCCAACAUUCAACAUAAAGAUCAAAAAGUCGCACAAAUGAACUCUGCAAUAGAUCCUCAAUACUGGCAUAGCUACAUCAUGUAUAUGUUAAUAAAUAUUAGAGUAUUUUUGACAUUUGUUCAGUUGGGAGGCUCUUGCUCCCGUCCGGAGCUGAAGGUGGACAUUAGUGGCGACGGCCAGGCCCGAGCGGGUCCCCUACAAAUCACCUCUCCUUCACUAUCCCAGCACUCGCAUGCUCUUAGUAUAUGAAAAUGGCUUCAGAACCAAAAUCGGACUCCUUAUCAACGCAGAAUGAGAUAACGCAAAAUACCUCCACCAACUCUGACCCAUUUCUAGAUGAUUGGAGCUCCCUAGAUAGUAGUGGCCAUUUGAAAAAGGAAGAAUGCCAAGAUCGAAUUGUACAAGUGUCGGUGCCAGAAUACGAGGGGCAUCUGCUCUCUGCCAUUCGUGCAUCUCGUAAAAAUGAAGAUCUGACUGAUGGCAGCAUAGUGGUACAAAACCACACAUUUAAUGUUCACCGCUUGAUUAUAAGCGCCUUCAGCAACACUCUCAGGAAGUCUUUCGUGGAUGAAUCAUCACGUGUCGUUGUGAUUAAUGACAUGGAUCCAUAUAUAAUGUCUUGUAUACUGGACUUUAUAUAUGGCAAUUUGGCUAUUGUUAAGGAAAACCAGCUUUUAAGUUUCUUUAAAGCUGCAAAACAGUUAGAUAUAGAGCAUCUGCAAACUCCAGGACUCAUGAAAUUGGAACAAAAUUUGUUGAUUCAGAACAAAUCCCUAGAUAGUAGUAGUGGUACAGAAAGGUCAAGUGAUGCCUCACAUUCUCUUAAGACUACAAAAUUCCCGAAGCAGGAUCGAAGUGUGUUGGGCCUGACCAGCUGCCCACACAGUAGUCCUAAUACAGAUAAUUCGCAUGAUUCCAAACAUAAUGAUUUGUCAGUACUCAAAGCUCGUCUUCCGCCUUCUCUUUCACUGGUGAUGUUAGAUGAGAAAAAGUGUAAAGCGACCAUCGGUGACUAUACUGAUAAGAUGACACGUAACGGUGAAGGUAAGGCAAGGGUUAGCAGUGAACCUUUGGAUAAAAGAAAUGAGGAGGAAAAAACUCAUUGUUGUUGUUGUAAAAAGUCAAAUGAAAGCUCACAAGAGAAGCAAAAGGAAGUUGUCGAGGAGGAUGGUGAAAAUCAAAGCCUAAUGAAGAAACUCAAGAAAUUUGGAACAGUGAUUAGUUCAAGUAGUGUCAAUACCUUACUGGAUAUCCCUGCAUGGCUUUUUUCCAGUAGUUCUAUUUCAUUAACACCUAUAAAGUCAUCUAACAAAGUUUCUACACCUAAAGACAGCAGACAUUUCAAUAAAACAACCACAACUGAGGUUCCAUCACAAUCACCAAUUACAGAUCCAGAUAUAAUUGAAAUUGAUUCAUUUCCUUCAAAGUUUUCACCAACAUCAGUUAGUAAAACUUCUCAAAAUUCUUUCCCAAAUCAGCAGAAGCAAGCUGCAAGUGGACCUUCCCCUACUAACAGAAGCUAUUAUGCCGGUGACAACACUGGUUCAAAAAGAGGUCGUGUGCCUUCGGGUCUGAGAGGAGGACAUGGUAGAAAAUAUAUUACAAGUAAUGCUCAAGCACAUGAGGGUACACCUUCAUUGAGACAAGAAAAUGUAGGCAAUAGAAGAUUCAAUUCUGGCAGUUCAAGAGGCAGGUUUAACAAAAUGCCACACGCUGUAAGUAGAGGAGGCUAUUAUUCGGUGAAACAAAACCCAACAGCACAGGUUGGUACUGGAAGAGGCAGAGGCUUUAACAGAGGAAGGAGAAAUACUCUAGCUGGUAAGGCUAUUUACUCGAGAGUAAGUAAAAUCACUGAUGAUAGACCAGGGGUAUCCAAGGCUACCGUCUUGUGGAAUGGAAAGGAACCUAUUGAUAUUAUUGACUCCGGUAUUACUGUUCAACUUUUAGAUACUGCCGCAGAAGUAAUACAGAAUUCAUUCUGUUUGAAUUCUGGCGUAAUAUUAAAUAACCAUAAUAACUUAGAUUCAGAAAAUUCACAGCUAGAAAGCCUGCAACUUUCAGAGAAUACAGGAAAUACAAUUGCAACUCACCCACCAGACUCACACUCAGAGGUGAAAGGAUUGCUACAGUCAUCAGAAAAUACAUCUACAGUCAUCAGAAAAUCAGAUCAGUCAUCAGAUCUUCAGCCAUCAGAAAAUAACCAAAAUGCAAUAUUAGCUCAGUCACAAGAGCAUUCAUCAACACCAUCUGAAUUGUCUUCAUCCCUUGCUGAUGAUCAGACUACUGCCAAGGAAAUAUCCAGAGACUUAGAUGGCAAAUCUUCUGAGGUAGAAAAUGAUUUGCCCAAUUUAACAGAGGAAUUGACAGAUAAACUGGAUGCUGAUGCUAAAGAGGAAAAAAAUCAACCCAGCACAAGUGAAACUGCUGGAGAUGGAGAAACAGCUGGAGAUGGAGAAACUGCUGGAGAUGACGGAGAUGAUCUGUCAGUAAGUAAUACUGACGUUAAACCAACGACCUCCAAUGGUGACUCCGUACAGCUGGAUAAUGCAGAUGAGCAAGACCAGCCAGUUAAACCCAGUACUGCGAGGAAGCAGAAAAAGCGAUGGGGACGACCAAAGUUUGAUCAGCAGUGCACUGUUUGUAAAAAACACUUUUCAAAUCACUCGUCACUGGUCAUGCACAUGCGCAUUCAUUCAGAAGAAAAUCCGUUCCAUUGUUCAUCUUGCGAUUACCGCACUGAAUUAUAUAAUAGCAUGAAGAAACAUGUCGCUGGCAAACACAAGCGAGCACUCAAAGAGAGUGAAGGCAAGCGCCACCACGCCCCAGUAGUCUGUCCCAGUCAGGUCUUUGAGAAACCCGGUAAAAUUACGAAAGUAGAUGAUCUCCAGAAACAGGAGAUGGAAAUCAACGAUGAAAGUCAAAAAGUUGAAGACAAAAUGCAAAGCGAGGAAAUUGAGACAAAUAACAAAGAGGAUGAGCCAAGUGUUUCGCAGAAAGAUGAUACAGAGGUAAAGGAAAAUCCUUUAGUUGAAUCUGGUAAUGAUAAGAAAAGAAAAAGUGGUACAGAUGAAGCCAGUGUAUCCAAUAAAAGCCAAACACUUACUAAAGUGGUUAAGAAAAGAAAGUAAUGAGUUUCUGGACGUGUGUUAUUUGAUGUAAUAAAAUGUGAUUAGUUUGUUUCAGCAUAUUGUACCUCAUAUUGCUAGUCAAGCUAUACAAAGUAAUUGAUAGUUAAAAAAAACUACAAUUUUGCUAACAUUAACAUUUUUCUAGUGGAAAAAUAAUUACAAGUUAAAAAAAAUUUAUUUGUAAAAUCUGUUGAAUGGAGUUGAAGCAGAAACAAAACAAAAUAUAUAUAUAGUAUAUAUAUGUAUGUAUAUAUAUAUAUAUAUAGUAUCACUUUUAUUGACUGGGCAAUUUGUGCAUGUUAUUGAUACAGUCCUGUAGCACAUUGGUCUACUGUACUUCGUCAGCUCAUAACCGAGGAUCGUAAGUUCAGUUCACAGCCAGAACCGAAGAGAGGGUUGAGCACCUUUAUGAUCACCAGGAGUUAGAACAUUGUUGUGGGUUACAUCCCCAUGGAAGGUCAAUAGUUGACCAAGGGUAGGAGUAUUAAUAAGCUUGAGUACAGGCUUCCUGUCUCCGGCAACAGGAAGCAUAACUAAUUAUGCUUUCACAUUUUUGGUGUUACAGAGUCUUCUCAGCUUGAUGGCUUCUUUUGAUAAUUACUUACGUAUGCUGUCAUGUUAUCAUACAUUACGGCAGAAGUAGUUUCCAGAUCAAAACUGAUUAAUUAGAUUAAUUACGGUAAUAAUAAAACUUAUUAUUUUAUAAUCCUAAUUAAUUAUUACAGUAUAUGUACUGGUCGUUUCAGCUCAAAAGGGAACUCUUACGGGAAACAAUUAACUAUAUAUAUAUAUAUUGUGUUCUACAUAAUAAUCUUUGUUCAAAAGUUUAAGCUUGUAUAAAGUACAGAAUAAUUUAUUGUUCUGUGUUCUUCACUUAAACUGAUAAUUUUUGGUAAAUAUGGAAUGCAUGCAAAAUUUCGUUGUGUUAUGUUCUAUCAGUAAUAAAUUAUUAUUUACCUUCAAAUGUGUGGUAUUUAUUAUUUUCAAUCAUUCUUCACUCAUUUGAUGAAUAAUAUACUUUUUAUUACUAAUUAAAAACUGUGAAUUUAGAUGCCUAGUGUUAACAACGAAGUUGCCUAAAUGCAGGUGUACACUGCAAUGUUCAGAAUGCAUUACUUUAAAUAACUCCACUAAAAUGAAAAUAUAGUAUGCAGCGUGUUCAUCUCUGUUGCUUCUUGCCCAAAUGUUCUUCCCUAAUGGUUCAGACACAAAUACAUUAUAUGCAGUCGUUAGUAGUAAGAAGGUGCCACAUCUUAGCCGAGGGCCGCACGGCAGCUAGAUUUAAGUAUCUAAAGCUUUCAUGGCAGCUGGAUUUAAGUAUCUAAAGCUUUCACGGCAGCUGGAUUUAAGUAUCUAAAGCUUUCACGGCAGCUGGAUUUAAGUAUCUAAAGUUUUCACGGCAGCUGGAUUUAAGUACAGUAUCUAAAGUUUUCACGGCAGCUGGAUUUAAGUAUCUAAAGCUUUUAUGGCAGCUGGAUUUAAGUAUCUAAAGCUUUCACGGCAGCUGGAUUUAAGUAUCUAAAGCUUUCACGGCAGCUGGAUUUAAGUAUCUAAAGUUUUCACGGCAGCUGGAUUUAAGUAUCUAAAGUUUUCACGGCAGCUGGAUUUAAGUAUCUAAAGCUUUUAUGGCAGCUGGAUUUAAGUAUCUAAAGCUUUCACGGCAGCUGGAUUUAAGUAUCUAAAGCUUUCACGGCAGCUGGAUUUAAGUAUCUAAAGUUUUCACGGCAGCUGGAUUUAAGUAUCUAAAGCUUUCAUGAACUAAAUUUGUUGUACUUUUUAUUUUCCAACAAUAUUUCUGUAUACUUUACUGUACUGUACUGUACUACAAUAGAAUUUUGUGUGUUUAUACCGAAGAUAAAUUUGUAUAUUGUUUCCUUAACUGCUUUAGUUUUUUUUGCAUGUUUUUAUACAAGAAGCAUCUUAAUGGAUUAAUUGUUUCCCCUCUGAAUAUAUUUCUGCAUGUGAUAUAUCUGAUAAUUUCAGUAUUGCAUUCAAAUAUUCAUGAUUUAGUUUUUUAACAUUGGGAAAUGUGUUUAUCGUUUGUAUUUAUAUGUAAAGAGAAUAAUUAUUAUUUCUU